AUGGCCUCAGCAGAGAAGCAGAACAUGGCUCACAUUGAGCACUCGCCCAACAGCUCUACCGACAAUACAGCUGGCCUUGCUGUUGCUCUCGAGGAAGGCAAAGACCCAGGCCUAAGCGACGCUCAUCUUUGUUCCGACGCCGACAGUAAACGCAUUCUGCGCAAGACAGACAUCUACAUGCUUUCGCUCCUCUGCAUGGUCUACUUCCUCCAGUCAGCAGACAAAGGCAUCAUCGGUCUGACGGCCGUGUAUGGACUCAAGACGGACGCGAAGCUCAAGGGCAAUGAUUACUCCAACAUUGGCAACAUUGGUUACUACGCGCAACUGGCAGUGCAGCCUCUUGCUGCGUGGAUACUCGUCAAGGCCCGAUACCGCCAGGUCCUUCCCGUCAUCAUUACUUGUUGGGGCAUCUCUGUCGCUGGUGGUCUUGCUGGAUCUAGGAACUACGCGGGCCUGCUUGCGUCUCGUUUCUUCCUUGGUGCCUUUGAGGCCGCUGUCGUCCCACUGUUCUCGGUCAUCACCAUUGCUUUUUACAGGCGCUCAGAGCAGCCCUUCCGUGUCGCCUGCUGGUACAGCUGCUAUGGUCUCAGCACCCUGCUUAGUGCGCCCAUAGUUUACGGCUUUGGUCGCAUUCACUCGCACACCCUCUACCGGUACCAGAUCGUAUACCUCUUCUUUGGUCUCUUCACUAUCGUCAUCGGCCUCAUCACAUACUGGUGGGCACACGACAGCCCUGGGGAGGCUCGUUUCCUGUCACCCGAGGAUCGACUCAAGGCUGUUGACCGACUGAAGGCCAACCAGCAGGGUAUCGUUUCGCACAAGUUCAACUGGAAGCACGUCUGGGAGGCCUGGUCGGAGCCAAAGUACUGGCUGUACAUGAUCAUGGUUAUCGCCGUCAACGCGGGUGCUUCAGUCUCCUCAGUCUUCGGAUCCAUUAUCCUCCAAAACCUGGCUGGCUUCACCCCUGACGAGGCUGUGCUACUUAAUAUGCCAUUUGGUGCACUCCAAUUCGUGUCCAUUCUUCUCGCCUCUUGGCUGGCAUACCGAUUCAAACGCAAAUCGCCCUUCUUGCUUGCCCUCGUUACUAUUGUGAUCGUUGGAGUGGCCUUGUUGGUCGCCCUGCCGAAGAACAAGGCGAACAAGGGCGGUUUGCUUGCUGGUUACUACUUGAUCGCUUUCGUCUUCGCAAUCAACCCUCUGCUUAUCUCCUGGAUGGGUGGUAACUGCGCCGGUCAGACUAAGAAGGCUAUCUACUACACUUCUUUCAACGCCGGUAAUUCGAUCGGCAACAUCAUCACACCCUACAUCUUCGAUUCAAAGUUUGCUCCUCAAUACGUGAACGCUCUCAAGGGCAUCAUGAUCAUCUGGUGUAUCUUGUGGGGUGUAGUUGUUCUUCAGAUUUUGCUCAUCACAAGGAUGCAGAAGAAGAAGGGAGACCAACGCGAGGCAGCUGGUCUUCCUAGGGAUUUCGUUGAUCACUCUAUGGACGACACAUUCCAAGAGGCCGGUGCCGAGGUUCACGGCGAGAAUGGUCUUGCCGACAUGACGGACAAGGAGAACCUGUACUUCCGAUAUCUGUUGUAG